UCUCCCCCCUCCACAACAACAACACUCGCUUGGACCUUCGCCCCGAUUCUCCCACGUUGACAACCUUAAGCUAGGUCCUAAAAAGGCAAGUUUAGAGCUAGCUUUACUUUUCAGUACAAGAUGUAUGGCAGUAGCACUCAGUUCCAGAGCUGGACUUUUAAAGAUGAACAUGAACUCGCAAAACUUCGCAUUCAAGCCAACAAAGAUUUCAUUGAAAAGUUUGGAAGUAAUAAGACAAAUGUUGAGAGAGCACAACAUUUCCUCACUGCUGAAGAGGAGCAUGUAAUGGUUCGUUCAUAUGAACAUUCUUUAAGAGAUUUUUGCAAGAAAUUUCGUGACCCAAGAGACGCUCGAAUAAGGAUGCUUCCUUCAGUAACAACAACAGCACAGCAUUAUUUCAAGAGAUUUUACCUCUUCAACUCGGUUAUGGACUACCACCCCAAAGAAAUUUUGGUAACAUGUGUGUAUCUUGCAUGCAAAAUUGAGGAGUUUUAUGUGACUAUCAAUGACUUUGUUCAUAAUGUGCGUGGUGAUAAGAAAAAAGCAGCAGAGAUUAUUCUUAACAAUGAGCUUCAGCUUACCCAGGAGUUACAGUUUCAUCUGAUUAUUCACCAACCAUUCCGUCCAGUUGAAGGCUUACUUAUAGAUAUUAAGACAAGGUUUCCACAGCUGCGAGACCCUGAGCGACUUAGACCAUACAUAGAAGAGUUUUUAGAGAAAGUGAAUCUUACAGAUGCCAUCUUACUGUAUGCACCAGGGCAGAUCGCUCUUGCAGCAGUUACAAAUGCAGUGAGCAGAUUGGGAGAGAACCUGGAUCAGUAUGUCACUGAUAUACUUUUUCCUGAUGAGCAGAAGCAACAUCUUUCCAUUCUUAUUGAAGCUGUUAGAAAGAUUAAGAAAAUGGUGAAGAAUGCAGAACCACCUUUGUCAGAUGCUGUGCGCCGUGAAAUAGACGCCAAGCUAGAAAAGUGUCGCAAUCAGGAAAAUAAUCCAAACUCUUCACAAUACCGUGCUAAUUAUUCUGAGUGGGAUGAUGAAGAUUUACCCAUAGCUGCAUCACCAAUUAAUGAAGAUACAGGUUUAGGGGUUGAGAGAAUUCGGUCACCAUCAGCCUACUGAAAAAUUAUAUACAAAGGUUCCAUUUAAUUUAACAAAUGAUGAACUAGAUAUAUCAUCUCAUUAGGCCAAAAGACUAAUGGGUUACCUAAGCUGAGAGGUCUAGAGAAACGGAUUCCUAUCCCACACCCUUCUCCCCAUCUCUUUAGCUCCUGAGAAUUAGAAUAUUUGUCUAAAUUGUUCAAUCUGAAAUCAUUUUAAAUCUGUCCUAGAGCAUUUUACUCUAACCAGUUAUCAUCAUUGGCAUUACUGGUAGUUGUAUUUUUUAAAUUACCAUACCUAUCAUAAGCAUGUUUCUAUCCCCAUGUUCAAACUAGCAGCAUAUUAUUGACAUUGAUUAUUUCCUGAUGCAGGCUGUAAUAAGCUGUAGCCCCAAACAAUUUGUUUAAAGUAAAGAGCAAAGAUCCUAAUGAAAAUUUGAAGUUAACUCUACAAGCACUUUUAAGCCCAACUUUAAACUAGAGUCCCAGUAUAUCUUAAAUCUUGGUAAUGCCAACAACUAUACAUAGCGCCUCUGUACAACAUAUUUCUCAGCCAGCUUCCAUAACACUUAACAAACCAUAAUUAUGCCAUCCCCCACAAGUUUUGUUUAAAGUACAGUACAGUACUGUACUGUACCUUAACACACUUUUCUUACAGGAUUGUCGAGUAUAAAAUUCUGAACAAAAAUAUUUAUAAUAAAGUAAACCAACAGUAAAA